AUGUUUUCAUCUCAGUAUUUCAAAUUAAAAAAAGAUAUUUCACAUAUAAAAAAAUUAAAAUGGAAUGAAAUAAAAUUUAGAGAUAAAAACUAUUUGUUUACAUGUGCAAACUUUGAAAAGAAAAAAAUAAACGUGAAAAUUUUGGUGAAUUGUGAAAAUAAAGCCACAAAAAGUUUCUAUAAGUAUUCUAAUAAUAGUAAUUUAUAUACUAAUGUACAGGAAAUAGAAAAUAAUCAUAAAAACGUAUUAUCUAAAAAAAUGGAAAAUACAAAUGAAAAUAUUAAUAUGAACAAGCGAUAUAUAUCUGACGAAUGUAAUAAAGGCGACCUUUUUAGGAAAACUGAAAAAGAUAAAAAUAAUGAAUUAGAUAGAUAUAAUGUGGAAAAUAUGAAUGAUGGUAUAAAAUCAAAGAAGAGUAACAGUGAUGAUAUUAUAGAUCUAACCCUAUCUGAUGUAUGGUCAAAAAAAACAUUAAUAGUAGAAUAUAAAAACAACAUAAUCGAAAUAUUGUUAAAUAGGAAAGAAAAAUUAAAUGCUAUAAAUAAAGAUAUGAUUAAUGGAUUAUUAAAUAUGGUAAAAAGUUUAAGCAAUGAUGAUAGAUGUAAUUUGAUAGUAAUAAGAAGCAUCAAUCAAAAUUGUUUUUGUUCGGGUUCAGAUGUAAAAGAUAUAGUUCAGAAUAAAGAUCAAGGGAUAAAUCAUUUAAAACAACUUUAUAAGUAUAUUAAUUUUAUUUCAAAAAUCAAUAAAAAUAUAUUAUGCAUAUGGAAUGGAUAUGCUAUGGGUGGGGGAUUAGGUAUAUCUAUGUAUACACAGUAUCGAAUCAUAAAUACAAAUGUAAUAUUUUCCAUGCCAGAAAAUAAAAUAGGUUUUUUCCCUGAUGUUGGAAGCUCUUAUUUUUUAAAAAAAUAUUUUUCACGAAAUAUUGCUUUACACUUAGGAUUAACAUCAUUGCGAUUAAAUGAAAUUGAUUUAAUUAAUUUUAAAGUGUGCACUAACUAUAUAAAAAAUCUAGACCAAUUUUUGAAUGAAUUGUAUAAUAUUAAAAAAGAAGACCCAAAUAAAUUUAAUGAGGAAUUUAUUAAAAUUUUAAAUAAAUACCCUCCAAAAGUUAAUGUUAAUGCAAAACCAGUAUUAACAGAAGAAUUAAUUAGUAAUAUCGACAAAUAUUAUACAUCUGCCAACAAUUUAGAGGAAUUGAUAAAUAAUUUAAAAAAAAAUGAAGAUAAUGAUAAUUUUUGUAAACAAUUAUUAUUAGAUAUAAACGCUAAUUGCUAUUUUAGCUGCCAGCUAUGGUUCUCUUAUUUUAUAUAUAACUAUGAAAAAUCUAUGGAAGAAGUAUUAGAUAACGAUUUUAAAAUGACUCAGUAUUUUUUAUAUCACACUAAUACAUUUGAAAAGGGGGUAACUGAAAUAUUAAUAAAAAAAAAUAAAAACUUUCAGUGGAUUAAGGACCAUGAAAAUAAUCCUGUGCAAUUGGAAGAAACUAUUGAAGAUAUUUUGAUGAAUAAAAAUCUAUUGUCUAUUAAAGAUGAAUUUAUAUAA